AUGAGCACGAACCUCGUACCGGAAAACAGUUGGACACGCCUGGUCAUCUUGUACAUCAUGGUCGCCGGUGCCAUCUUCAUUCCGACUCACCUUUCCGAAUUACUUAAUCUAAUCCAACAAAGGUCUAAAUACGACCGUCCGUUUAAAGCUGACAAACAACAUAACCAUGUUGUGGUUACCGGGAAUUUUGAUUCCACAAGUUUAUUUGAAUUUUUACGCGAAUUUUUUUGUCAAGAUCAUGGGUUGGCGAUCAUGAAUACCUAUGUGGUUAUUCUAAAUCCCGAUGAGCCGUCCGAUGAUGUGGCCGUGAUUCUUGAGGACCCCGCGUUCGUAAAUAGA